AAGAUAUUUGGUUACUCUGUCAAGGAUAUAGAACGAGGGAACCACUCCCAGCCAACUCUCAUGCUGGCUGUCCCUGGGAUAGCGACGACCGCAUCCCUCAUUGCGGCAAGUACAGCGAUGUAUAUCGCAUUGCCAUUUCUAGUAGAGCUAGUUUGAUCUCAGGCAGAAUUAGCAUUGUUCUCCAUUGCCGGACAGGUUCGCUGUCCUCUCUUGAGUCAGAAUUCCUGUGCUUUCUGAGUAGCAAACUGAGGCGUGGUAAAAGACUAGAUAGGGACCAUCUCUUCAACGCGCAGUAUCAGCGAGGUGUGGCCUGCAAAGGCAAUCGUAUGGCGAGCCGUGGCUGAAAAGCCUCAUGUAUCUUGAUAUUCGGGUGCGUCAUCCUCGUUCUCGACGCUAUCGAAGAGCAUCUAAAGCUUUUGCAUUCUUCUCGGAUGUCGUUUAGGCAAAAGGUUGAUCAGGUUAUCCAUAAUAAAAUCGCUGUCCCUUGAUCAGCAGAGGAUGUAUCUCUUCGCAUAGCCCUCUAUGAAUGAGUGGCUGAAGGACCAUGCCACGGAUGACUUCAACGUGAACAGUGAUGGCUCGGUGAAUUCCUCCCUGAUGGUUACCAUCGACGGAAAAACGCUACGAGUUGUUGUGGAGAUGGCGGAGCUGGGAGCAUCGUGGAAUUGCUUCGAAGAGAGGAUAGGAUAUUGAAGAGGCCGCAAAUUAUAGAGACAAUGAUCAGUAGACUGUCGCAAGCACGGAGAAGCUAUGAGGGAGCGCUUACGUUGAGAAUUGGGUAAUCUUCCGAAACCUAGGCUUCAAUUUUGGUGGAUUGUGCGGCAAUAACAGUUU